CCCCUCAGCCGCGGCCGGCGGCGGCGCCGGGAGCCCCAAAAGCGCCGAAAAUCGCCCCAAAAACGCCGAAAAUUCCCCCGAAACCGCCGGAAAAGCGCCCGGAACCGUCAGGAGCCGGCCCAGAAACGCCCGCGGGGCCUCGCCGGGCGGCGGAACCCCCCCCGCGCCUCCCCCGGCCCGCGGAGGGGGCGGCGGCGGCGGCCGCAGGGUCAAUGAGGCGGGGGCAUGGAGCCCGAGCCGGGGGGUGACGCCCCCAGGACCCCCAGCGUCCCCUGGCGCAGUUACAAGCUGCUGCUGGACCCCGCCCUGCGCCGGGGGGGACAGAAGCUCUACAGAUACGAUGGCGUGCACUUCAGCGUGCCCGAUUCGGGGUUCCCCCCGGCCGGGCCCGUGCAGGACCCGCGGCCCCGCAGGAUCUGGGCCAAGCACCGGGACCUGUCCCUGCCCGUGCCCAAGUUCAAGCUGGACGAGUUCUACGUGGGGCAGGUGCCGCUGAAGGAGGUGACCUUCGCGCGCCUCAACGACAACAUCCGCGAGGGCUUCCUGCGCGAGAUGUGCCGCAAGUUCGGCGAGGUGGAGGAGGUGGAGGUGCUGCUGCACCCCAAGACGCGCAAGCACCUGGGGCUGGCCCGCGUCACCUUCGGGUCCUCGCGGGGCGCCCGCGACACCGUGCGGCACCUGCACAACGCCACCGUCAUGGGCACGGCCAUCCACGCCCAGCUCGAUGUCAGGGGCCAGCAGAGGAUGGAGCUGUACGAUCUCAUUGUCAGUGGCCAGCAAAGGAUGAAGCUGUACGAUCUCAUUGUCAGUGGCUCCUACACGCCCCAGACGGUGCCCACGGGGGGCAGCAAAGCCUCGGGGGACCGGGGGGACACGCCGCCCCCCCCACUGGAGCCCCUCCCCCGGCGCCGCCCCUCGGCCGAGGGCGCCUUCGCCCCGCCCCCUCCGCCAGGCCCCGCCCCCUCCGGCAACAACGGCACCGCCCCAGAGGGGGGCGGGGCUGGGGGCGGGGCCUUCAGCGCCGGCCCGUUCGCAGCCCCGCCUCCUCCACCUGGCCCCGCCCCCUUCGGGGCCUUCGCUGACGGGAGCCCCUCCCCCUACGGGGGCAGGCUGCCCUUCCCCCCACCCGACCCCUUCCCCUCCCCCCGCCGCCCCCCGGACACGCCCCCCUCCCUGGCUGGGGGCGGAGCCUCUGGCGCGGUGGGCGUGGCCUCCGCAAUGGCGGGCGUGACCUCCGUCUGUGGGGGCGUGGUGUCUGCUGGAGUUGGGGGCGUGGUUUCCGGCGGUGUGGGCGUGGUCUCGCCCUUCCCCUCGCGCCGCCCGCCCCCUCCCCCGCCCCCCUCAGGCUCCUCCUCCUUCCUGCCCUUCGCCCCGCCCCCUCCGCCGCCCCGGGGCGUUUCCCCGCCCCCUCCGCCGCCCAUGGGGGGCUCCCCGGCCCGGGGGGGCUCCCCGGCCCCCGAGGGGACCCCCGAGAGCGUCCCCUUCGCGCAGCACAGCAGCCUGGACAUGCGCAUCGAGGCGCUGCUGCAGGGCGGGCAGCCACACCCCUUCUUCGCCCCGCCCCCUGCCCAUCACCACGAGGAGCACGAGGAGCUGGGGGAGGAGCCGCAGCGCCGCGAGGCCACGCCCCCUCCGCCCGCCCAGCCCCGCACCCCGCCCAGCCCCGCCCACUCGGUGAUGGGCGGGGAGGGGACCCCGCUGUUGUUAAUGGAGGGGGAGGGGCCGGCGGGAGGCCCCGCCCCCCCGCGCGAGGAGCCCCCCCGCGAGGAGCCCCCCCAGGACGGGGGAGGGGCAGGGGGGGGAGGGGAGGAGGGAGCGGCCCCGCCCCCCCCAGCGAGGAGCCCCCCCCGGGAGAACGGCACGGACGGGCUCUCCUCGGGGGAGGACAUGGAAAUCUCCUCGGAUGACGCCGCCGAGGCCCCGCCCCCCCCGCUGCCCCCCUCCCCCUUCCCGUCCCCGCCCCCUCCCCCCUCGUUCCCGCCCCCCCCGCCCCCCCUCAUGGCCGUGCCCCUCCCCCCCCCGCGGCCCCUCCCCCCGCCCGAUUUCGGGGCCUCCCCUCCCCCCCCAGCGCUGUUCGAGCUCCUGGGGCGCCUGGGAGGGGGCGGGGCGGGGGGCGGGGCCCGCUGGGCAGGGGGCGGGGCCGCGGGGGGCGCGGCCGCGGGGGGCGGGGCCGGCGUGGUGCCUCCUCCCCCACCCCCAUUCCAGCUGCAGACGCAGCUGCUGAGCAGGCUCCGCCCAUCGGGGGGCGGGGCCUCAGCAUCCAAAGCCCCGCCUCCAUUCGGGGUGGGCGUGCCUCCCUUCGCCCCACCCCCUUUCGCCCCGCCCCCGCAUUUCCCGCCUUUUUCCCCCCAAUUCGGGGAGGAGCGGCCGCCGGGCACGGAGCCGGCCCCGCCCCCGCCGCCCUUGCCCCGCCCCCCGGAGCCCCCCGGGGUGGGCGCGGCCCCCGAUUGGGGCGGGGGGCCCGUGGAGGGCGUGCUGGCGGCGCUGGUGCACGAGAUGAAGGCCACCAUGCAGAGGGACCUCAACAGGAAGAUGGUGGAGAACGUGGCCUUCCGCGCCUUCGACGCCUGGUGGGAGCGCAAGGAGGAGCAGGUCAAGCCGUUCCAGUCGGGGCGGGGCCGGGAGGAGCCCCCGGAGCGGGCGAGGCCGAAGGAGCCGCCCCCGGCCCUGCUCUCCCUCGUGGAGUGGGCGCGGGGAGGGGGCGCGGGGCUCCGGGGGGCACUGAGGCUGCCGUCAUUCAAGGUGAAGCGGAAAGAGCCAUCGGAGCUGGGCGAGGGGGGGGAGGAGAAGAGACCCCGGCCCCCGACCCCCCCCGAGGAGGAUGAGGAUGGUGAGACCCCUCCCCAAAAACCCCAAAAAACCCCAAAGCCCUCAAAAAAACCCCAAAAUCCCCCGAAUUCACCCCAAACUGCAGAGAAGGAGCUGCCGCGCCCCGAGGGCCCCGGGAAGCGCCGGAAGCUUUUCCGGCUGGACAGCGAGGGCGAGGAGGCGUCCGAGGAGUCAUCGUCGGCCAAGGAGGAGGAGGAGGAGGAGGAGCGCGAGGCCGAAGCGGCGGCGCAGAGGAGGAGGAGGAGGAGGAGGGGGAGGAAGGGCGAGGCGCCCCUCCCCCCGCCGGGGGGCGCCCGCAGGGACGGCGAGAGGAGGGGACCCCCCCCCAGGAGGGGACACGAGGAGGAGGAGGAGGAGGAGGAGGAGGCCGAAGGCAGCAGCGAAGGCUCCUCCAAGCUCUCGCUGUACGAGGGGGGGCGGGGCAGCAGUUCCUCCUCGGCGCCCCCGUCUUCAUCGUCAUCGUCCUCGUCAUCGUCAUCCUCGUCAUCGUCAUCGUCGUCAUCGUCCUCGUCAUCCUCCGAGGACGAGGCCGAAGAGCGCCCGGAGCCGCCCCGGCCCCCCGAGCCCAAACCCGCCCCGCCCCCCCCGCCCCGCCCCUCCUCGCCCAUCCCCCUCCUGCCUCCCCCCAAGAAGCGCCGCAAGCCGGAGGAGCCGGCCCCGCCCCCCCCGGUCACCGGCCCCGCCCCCAGCGCCGGCCCCGCCCCCAGCACCAGCCCCUCCCUCCCCAAGCCCCUCCCGCCGCCAGCCCCGCCCCCUCCGCCGGCUCCGCCCCGCCGCAGGGACCCGCCCCGCCCACCCCCGGCGGCCCCGCCCCCUCCCCGGCCAGUGUCCAAUCUCCCGGCCGACCACGCCUCCCUCGUCAAGAGUUGGGGCGGGGCCGGUGGCAACGACGACCCCGCCCUCUGCGGGGGCGGGGCUGGGAUCGCCCCCCCGCCCCGGCGCCCCGCCCCUCCCCGGCGCCCCGCCCCGCCCGGCCGCGCCCCCGCCGACCACCUGGGCGCGUCCUCGCUGCUGGAGCUGGCGCGGGGCGGGGCCGGCCACGCCCACCCGCCACACCCACCACACUCACAGCGGGGCGGGGCCCAGCAAUCGGGGGGCGGGGACCUGGCGGUGCUGGCCGCCAUCGCCCUCACCCGCGGCGACGGGGACAGCGACGGGGACAGCGACAGCGACGGGGACAGCGACGCCCCCGAGGGACCCCCGGCACCCCCAAACCGGGACCCCCCCGUGCUGCUGGAGCACAACUACGCCGUGCCCCUGGCCCGGGCCACGCCCCACAGAGCCCCGCCCCCGCCGGCCACGCCCGGCCACGCCCCGUGCCUCGAGGAGGUGCUGGAGGCGCCCGAGGAGGUGGUGGCCGAGCUGCCCCCGCCCGGCGCCACCGAGGCCACCACGGGCGGGGUGACAGCACCGCCAUCGUCAGCGCCAUCGGCGCCACCGGCACGGCGCAAACGGCACCGGGCGGCGCCGCCGCCAUCGUCCUCGAGCGACAGCGAGGAUGAGGAUGGUGACAGCGACAGCAGCGACAGCGACAGCAGCAGCGACAGCGACAGCAGCGACGGCGGCCGGCGCUGGCUGCGCCCCCGCAACGGCGGCGACGGCGGCAACGUCCCCGCGUCCCCGGCGCCCGCGGUGGCGUUCGCGCCGCGCAGCGAGUUCGAGCAGAUGACGAUCCUGUACGACAUCUGGAGCGCCGGGCUGGACGCCGAGGACGCGCGGUUCCUGCGGCUCACCUACGAGCGGCUGCUGCAGCAGGACGGGGCCGCGCACUGGCUCAACGACACCCACUGGGUGCCACACACUGUGACGCGCUGGAGCAGCCCGCGGUGCCGCAGCAGCCGCAGCGGCCGCCGGCGCCGGCGCUGGCCCGAGAGCCGCGAGCACCGCACGGGCAGCGCGCGCAGCGAGGGCUGGUACCCCAUCAGCCGGCGCGAGAAGGCGCGCUACCUGCGGCCCUGCCCCGCGCCGCGCCCCGACCCCGACGCGCCUGACACGCAGGGUCCCAACCGCGUACUGUCGGAGCGGCGCUCGGAGCAGCGGCGCCUGCUCAGCGCCAUCGGCUCGGCCGCGCUGCCGGACAGCGAUCUGCUCAAGCUCAACCAGCUCAAGUUCCGCAAGAAGCGGCUCCGCUUCGGCCGCAGCCGCAUCCACGAGUGGGGCCUGUUCGCCAUGGAGCCGAUCGCGGCCGACGAGAUGGUGAUUGAGUACGUGGGGCAGAACAUCCGCCAGGUGGUGGCUGACAUGCGUGAGAAGCGCUACGCCCAGGAGGGCAUCGGCAGCAGUUACCUGUUCCGCGUGGACCACGACACCAUCAUCGACGCCACCAAGUGCGGCAACCUGGCGCGCUUCAUCAACCACUGCUGCACGCCCAACUGCUACGCCAAGGUGAUCACCAUCGAGGCGCAGAAGAAGAUCGUCAUCUACUCCAAGCAGCCCAUCGGCGUCAACGAGGAGAUCACCUACGACUACAAGUUCCCCAUCGAGGACACCAAGAUCCCGUGCCUGUGCCGCACCGAGAGCUGCCGCGGCACGCUCAACUAGGCCGGAUAUGGCCCAGACUGGGGCUGGCUGCUGGCCCGGGCCGGGGCUGGGCACCAGGGGCGGUUUGGGGCGGCCACCGUUGGGGUUUGGCCACCCGGGUCCGUGGUUGGGUGGCACAGCUGAUCUUUGAUCACCAAGGCUGACCUUUGGCCACCAGGGUUGGUGUUUGGCCACCAAAGUCGGCUUUUGGCCUCCAGGGUUGGCUUCUGGCCACUGUUUGGCUGCCACCAUUGACUCUCAGUCACCGUGGUUGACCCGUGGCCACCAUGGUCGGUGCGUGGCUGCCAAAAUUGGCCUUUGAUCACAGUUUGGCCACCAGGGUUGGCGUCUGGGCCACCAUAAAUGACCUUUGGCCACCAGGGUCGGUGUUUGGGUGCCACCAUUGACCUUCCAUCACAGUUUGGCCACCAGGGUCGUCCCGAGGGGCCACCACUGACCCGAGGACGCCGGGAGCUGCGCUUUGGCCGAGGGGACACCUGGGUGACCUUUGGCCACCAUCGCUGACGUCAUCGCUGUGGCCACGCCCUGGGGGGGGGUCACCGUCACCAUCAACCCCUCCCCCGAUGGCCGUGAUGUCACCGCAGCCCCUCCUCCCCCCCCCCCGCGCAGUGCCCGUGAUGACGUCACCACGACACCGCCGUGACAUCAUCGCGGUGAUGUCACCGCCCCCCAUCCAGAAAAAGGCUCUUGUUCCUUUUUCCUCCCUUUUUUUUUUUGGCUGUUUCUUGUAGAAACUCGGGGCGUGUCUGGGGGGGGGAGGGGCUGGGACCCUGCAGAGGGGAGGGGGGGGAUGUGAGGGGGGUCCGCCCCUCCCCCCCCGCCCCUCCCCCCC